AGGAAGAUGAGGAGGAGGGUGAAGGCGAGGAGAUGGACAUGGAGGAUCUGGGCGGUGCGGGGCCGCGCAGGGGGCGACAGGGAGCGGCGGCUGGGGGUGCUGAUGCCGCCCCCGCCCCUGCCCCCGGUGGCGGCCCGCCGGAGAUGGUCAACCCGGUCAUUCGCAACAGCCUAACGAAGCAGGGCUACAAGCUGAUCGGCAGCCACAGCGGCGUGAAGCUAUGUCGGUGGACCAAGUCCAUGCUGCGCGGGCGGGGGGGUUGCUACAAACACGCCUUCUACGGCAUCCGCUCGCACCGCUGCAUGGAGGCCACCCCCUCGCUGGCGUGUGCCAACAAGUGUGUGUUUUGCUGGCGCCACCACUCCAACCCCGUGGGGAAGAACUGGAAGUGGGCCAUGGAUGCGCCCGAGGUGAUUGUGGAGGGAGCGCUGGCGGCUCACCGGCGCAUGGUGCGCGAGUACGCGGGGGUGCCGGGCGUGCGGGCGGAGGCGGUGGCGGAGGGACUGCAGGUCCGCCACUGCGCCCUAUCGCUGGUGGGGGAGCCCAUCAUGUACCCGCGGGUGAACGAACUGGUGGACCUGCUGCAUGGGCAGGGCAUCUCAACGUUCAUGGUCACCAACGCCCAGUUCCCCGACCGCAUCCAGCAGCUGCGCCCCGUCACGCAGCUGUACGUGUCGGUGGACGCGGCGACACCGGAGAGCCUCAAGGCCGUGGACCGGCCGCUGUUCUCCGAUUACUGGGACCGCUUCACCGCCUCUCUGUCAGCACUGGGACACAAGCGGCAGCGGACGGUCUACCGUCUGACGCUGGUCAAGGGCUGGAACAUGUCGGAGGUGGCCGCCUACGCCGCGCUGGUGGACCUGGGCCGACCCGACUUCAUAGAGAUCAAGGGCGUCACCUACUGCGGCACCGGGGCAGGAGCGGGAGGAGGAGCAGGAGGAGCGGGAGGCGAGAAGAAGGGCAGUGGGGGCAGCGGCGGCGGCCUCACGAUGGCCAACGUGCCCUACCAUGCGGACGUGGUGGAGUUUGGGCGGGCGAUUUGCGAGGCGCGGGGAGGCGAGUACGGCCUGGCCUGCGAGCACUCGCACAGCUGCUGCCUGCUGCUGGCCCGCACCGACCGCUUCCUGGUGGACGGGCGCUGGCACACGUGGAUCGACUACGACAGGUUCUUCGAGCUCGUACGGCAGGGCGGCGAGUUCAGCUCGCAGGACUACAUGCUGCCCACCCCCGAGUGGGCGGUGUACGGCAGUACGGCAGCGGGCUUCGACCCGCAGCAGCAGCGGGUGAAGAAGGUGCGGAGGCACCCGGG